AUGAUGGAUAGUCGAAGAGCGUUGGAGGAACCACCGGCACUUCCUCCCAAGUUGUAUAAAACUCACCGCAAGGAGUUGCGCAAAGAUUUCCCUGUUCGGUCUCCUGUUCCACCCAAAGAGUCAUCCAGCAAUCACAGUGCCACGAAGACACCCACUCCGAAGCCACCGCGUUUGGAUUAUCGACGUCAUGGAGAAAAUAGGCUCUUAAACAUCGACGUUUCGGAUCUUCGUGGAAAGUCUCGAGACGAAAUCGUUUUGAUGCUGCUUCAACUGAAACGCGAAAAAGCCAACCUCAACCGUUGGAGGCAUUACUUCGAGGAAGAGCUAACCCGUCUCACUCCCGCAGCUGAGGCUGAUCCGAAGGCGAGACGCGAAUUUGACGAUUUGUGUCUCAAAUUGAAAGACGUCGAAGGCCAACUAGCGGCAUCAGUCCCACUCAUCAACUUCAUGAACAAAAUCAUCCGGAUGAAUGAUCUUUACGCCAGCGACGAGGAGCCAUUUGCUUCGGAGUACGAGAAGCCGAACAGGUCUUCGUCUAGACGCAAGAGCUUCGAAUUCGUUCGACGGCUGGAAGAGAAGGAGGUUGCUCAGGCCUUGGAGGAGGGUAUGUCUCGAUCGAAUACACCGCCACUGCCUACGAGGAGCCUUGGCAUUGUCACGUCUGCAGAGUUGUUCAGGCGGAAACGUCAACAGUCAGUUCAAAGUAGAGUCAACCUGGAAGACUAUCCAGAGGACUUCUCCAUCAGAUCGCGGAGGUUGCAGUUGGAGGAGGAAUUGCGCCAGCUUGAUGAACUCUGGAAGGAAGCUAGCAGCAUCCGCACUGUGUCCGAAUCCGCGCCCAGACCUACAGCGCCUUAUAGUUCUUCGGUGAAUUCGCGUCGACAGCAGACACCGGUGACGAAGCGCGUGGCCUUGCGUCGAUGCGAUCAGACCGAGGCCGUCCGACCGCGAUCGGAGAGUUCUGCCUACGUGCCAAGGCGCAGCACGAAGCUGCGUCCUCGUUCUGACCUUAUCUCGUCCUUCUCUGCUGACCUUGACCGCAGAGCGCUCAGCCAAUUGGACGUCGCGCUCGACUACCCAGCAAGCCCGCAUGCCUAUCGCUCUCAGCGUCCGUAA